AUGUCUUCGCUUCCUCCAGUUUACAUUGUUUCCUCCGCCCGUACUCCCGUGGGAUCCUUUCUAGGCUCCCUGUCGAGUCGGACUGCCCCGCAGCUGGGCUCGCAUGCUAUCAAAGCUGCCUUGAGCAGAGCCGAUGGCUUAAAGCCAUCCGAUGUGGAGGAAGUUUUCUUCGGAAAUGUUCUUACUGCAAAUGUCGGCCAGAACCCUGCCAGGCAAUGUGCUCUCGGUGCCGGGCUUGACGAGUCUACGGUGUGCACUACUGUUAACAAAGUUUGUGCUUCGGGCUUGAAGGCCGUCAUUCUCGGCGCCCAGACCAUCAUGACUGGAAAUGCAGACAUCGUCGUGGCCGGUGGCACCGAGUCUAUGUCUAAUGCCCCUCAUUACCUCCCAAAUCUUCGCACUGGCGCAAAAUAUGGCCACCAGAGCCUGGUGGAUGGGAUCAUGAAAGAUGGUCUCACAGAUGCAGGCAAGCAGGAACUCAUGGGCUUGCAAGCGGAGGAGUGCGCCCAAGAUUAUGACUUCAGCAGGGAGCAACAGGAUGAUUAUGCCAUUCGCACCUACGAAAAAGCCCAGGCCGCGCAGAAAGCCGGUCUCUUCGAUGAUGAGAUCGCGCCCAUUGAACUCCCCGGCUUUAGGGGCAAGCCAGGUAUCACCGUGACUCAAGAUGAAGAGCCAAAGAACCUUAACCCCGACAAGCUUCGAAGCAUCAAGCCUGCAUUCAUCCCUGGGUCUGGAACUGUGACGGCUCCUAAUUCUUCGCCCCUCAACGACGGUGCCGCCGCUAUUGUUCUAGUCUCUGAGGCUAAAUUGAAAGAAUUAAAUCUCAAGCCCAUUGCAAAGAUUCUUGGAUGGGGAGAUGCUGCGCACCAGCCCAGCAAAUUCACAACUGCUCCGGCCCUCGCUAUCCCCAAAGCCCUCAAACAUGCAGGUAUUGCUCAGGAUUCCGUGGAUGCAUUUGAGAUCAACGAGGCCUUCAGUGUUGUUGCCCUUGCGAAUAUGAAGCUGCUCAACAUCCCCGAAGAAAAGGUCAAUGUACACGGUGGUGCCGUGGCUAUUGGUCACCCGAUUGGUGCCAGUGGUGCUCGGAUCCUGACUACGUUGCUCGGCGUUCUCAAGGCAAAGAAGGCCAAGAUUGGCUGUGUGGGCAUCUGCAAUGGUGGUGGCGGCGCGAGCGCCAUGGUUGUCGAAUCACUCCUCUAG